AUGCCGACGUUUGCCGAUAGCUUCUGGACACGGGACUUCCACACUGGGAUCUCCACGCUGUUUGCCAAACUGAACCAGGGAUGUGUUGAGAAUGAGGAGUUCAUCUCGCUGUUUACAGCCAGGAUGGAGGGGGAGCUGGACUACGGCGCCAGGUUGACGCUUGUUGAGAAGAACAACAAGCCAUUGAAGACUGGGUUCGAUCGUGAUGACGGUGCGUCCCUGAAGAACGCGUUCAAGGGGAUUGCCGAGCAGAUGGUGAGGGAGGGUGAGACCCACUACACCAUCGGCACCAACAUUAGGCAGAUGGUUGUUGAUCCGUUCACCAAAUGGAGCGAGGAGCACGCUCAGAGGGUCCACUACUCCGAGGCGAUCCUGAACAACAGCUUGAAAGUGUACAAUACGAAGUACAAAGUUGUUGAGAAGGUGUCGAAGAAGUACUUCAACAAGUGCCGUGUGUUUGAGACUUUGAAGCACGGUAUGACGGAGGAGGAGGUUGUGGCACAGUUGAGCCUUGAAGAAGAAGAAGAUGACGAUAAGCCUGUCUCAAUUGGUAAGAAGGAUUACAAGACCAGUGAAUUGAAACAACUUUUGGCAGAUAUGCUGCAAAAGAUUCCCCAGACUCAGAUUAAAGUGACACUGCUGGGAACGUAUGAUCACGUGUCGACCGGUUCGCAGAUUGCUGAAUACUUGCAAAAGACUUUGCAAGUUGCUAAUCUGGAUGAAUGUGAAAUGAUCGGUAACGAUUUGAUACAUCAUGGGUAUUUGAGAAAAGUCAACACCUCUGUGGGGUCUACUAUUGGUCAAGCAAAUACAUUUGUCAAUUCUGGUUCCUUCCAUUACCAGUGGAAAGAGCUGGCAUAUCAUUUGGCGAAUUUGCCAAUUGAUUCCAAUGGCACAGAUCCGGUGUAUCCAUCAAAGAUGACAAAUUAUAUCGAUGAUUUGAAGUCUACCUUUGAAGAACCGUCAUUGACUAAAUUGAACAAAGACAUAAAAGAACUGGAUCAAGUUUACCGCAUUGAAGUUCAAAAAUUGGAUAAAAUACGCUGUGACCUGGAAGAACUGAUGAUUGACCAUCUUACAUUCAUGGAGAAGUGUGAACUGGAUAGACUGCGUGCUCUGAAAAAAGUGAUUUUGGAUUUCACCGCAUGUAUAUCGAACAAUAUAACACAGAUCAAAUCAUCGAUAGAUCAGAUAUUGGUCUAUGAAGAGUCCAUUUCACCAACAAACGACUUGUUAUUCCUUUUACAGAAUUAUCGAACCGGUCCAUUUGAACCAAGAGUUAUCAUGUAUGAGAACUAUUACGAUUCUCCAAAACAACAGAUCUUUGGUGUAAGCCUUGAGACCCGUUGUAAGAAUGAUACCAAAAACGUACCAAUCAUUGUCUCUUCUAUCCUGUCGUAUAUGGAUACUGUCUAUCCAAAUCUGCCAGACGAUGACGUUCGUACAAAGAUCUGGCUUAUACCGGUGAGGUUACAAUCCACUCAUGCCUUAAGAUCACAAAUCGAACAAGUCCAUAGUGAUGGGCUUACGCCUGAGUUUUGGUCAAAUCACCCACCAGAGGUUAUUGCAAGUGUCUUGAAACUGUACUUGUUGGAGUUACCAGACUCUUUGGUUUCAAGCUCUGUCUAUGACGUUAUUAAACUGAUCUAUCAACAGUACCCCAACGAUGAGGACCAGAGAAUCCUGGGGGUUUCAAACGUGCUGAAAGAUUUGGACAAAUCACAACUGGCAACGGUAAACGUUAUCUGUACCCAUUUCCAGAGGUUGAUAUCAAUCCUUAGGGAAAACACUCAACAACCUGACACGACCUUGGCUGAAAACUUUGAAGAUGGAAUAUCACAGGAGUUUUCCUCUUGUAUCUUAAGACCUAAACAGAAUACCAAUGUUACUAUGGGUGAUAGACAUCCAUUCAGACUGGUUCAUGAUCUGUUGACUCAUAAAAAGGAAGUUAUGAGAUUAGUGAAAAGGUCUGCGAGUGUUAAAUCAUCAUCUGCGCCGAUGUCAAGUUCGUCAAGUGAGUUUUCUACCGGUAGUGGUAGUAAUUCUGGGGUAAAGAGAAAGGACUCAACCUUGCAAUACAGAUUGAAACAAGCAGUUGAGGCACAAGCAUCUCAUGAGUCUUCAAGAACACCAUCUGCAAGUCAAAUACCACAAAUCGAUACAAUUCAGGAAUGA